UUAGUCGGUUAAAGCAUUUAACAAUAAUUGUUGUAUCUUCGCUAGUCGUCGUUAAAAAAAGAUUUUUAAUUUAAUUUUUUUUUUGUUUUUAUGUGUUUCAUAUUUUUAUAUUUAUUUAAAAAACAAAUACAUAUACGUAGAGUAUAAGAAUUCACAGUUUUUUAUAAAAUAUUCUUAUUAUUUUCUAUUUGAAAAAUUGUUUGUCAAAAAUAAAACGGCCGGAAUAACAUUUUAAGAACGUGAAUUGAAAAUUAAUUAAUUUACUAUGACCAUACCAUUUUUAAUUAUUAGUUAAGAAUAAAUUUUUUUGUAUGUAUAUAUUAUAAAUAUACAUACAUACAUAUGUAUACAUAUGGACAAACUAUAAUAUUUUAUUAUGUAUAUAAAUCAAAAUGUGUAAAUAGUUAAAGAGCAACAUACAUUGUCAUCAUUUCUAUCACGAAAGUUGCAGUUUCUAUUCCCAUAAAAGAAAAAAAUCGAAAUAUUACUGAAGUUUUUUCAUCGUGAAUUUUUAUUUUGUAAUGCAUAUAUUAAAAGAAUUUGGAAAAAAAGUAUUUCCUCCUGAUUUGAAAAUUACAAUAUAAACAAUAUUAUUAUCAUUGAUCAAAUUAUUUAAAAAAUAAGAAUAUGCUUACAUAAUUAUAGUUAUGUGAAUCGUUAUCUUCGUUAACAAAAGAGAAGAACAAUACUCAGAUACAAUUUUAUUUUGUGGAUUUGUCGUUUUUAAAUAAUUUUAAGAUAUAAAAGAACUGUUUGAUUUCAACUUAUAUAAAACUCGAAGUGUAACUGAUCAUAAUCGAGAAAGAAUAAAGGAAUAAUCAUGACAUCACACACCAGACCUUUGAAAAUUACUGUCGUAGGCGAUGGUAUGGUUGGAAAAACAUGUCUUCUUAUAACCUACACAAAAAAUGAAUUUCCAAAUGAAUAUGUACCGACAGUAUUUGAUAAUCAUCCAUGUAAUAUUGGUGUUGACGGUAAAGAUUAUAAUUUAACAUUAUGGGAUACAGCUGGACAAGAGGAUUAUGAAAGAUUAAGACCGCUUAGUUAUCCAAACACUGACUGUUUUCUAUUAUGUUAUUCCAUUGAUAAUCGUACCUCAUUUGAAAAUAUUAAAUCAAAAUGGUCCCCAGAAAUACGCCAUUUUUCCAAUCAUACACCUAUUGUUUUAGUUGGAACAAAAUUAGAUCUACGUGUUCCGUAUUCAGAUAAAUUUGUAACAGUAGCUGAGGGAAAAAAAUUAAAACGAGAAAUUCGAGCACAUUCAGUUGUAGAAUGCUCAGCAAAAAAACAGCAAAACUUACAUGAAGUCUUUGAAGAAGCAAUACGAGCUGUUGAACGGAGGCCGAAACAUAAACCAGCAAAAACAUGCAAAUUUUUAUAAUGAAUACCGGAAAAAAAUUGUACAAUAUAAUUUUAUUCAAAUACUUUUUUCUUAUUGUUAAUGUUAAUAACGUAUAACUAUAUUAAUAAUAAUAGUAGUGUUGUUACUGUAUUAUAGAAAAUUUUUGUAUAUAGUAAAUAAAUAUAUAUAUAUAUAUAUAUAUAUAUAUAUAUAUUUAUACCACACAUUAAUUUACUGAAAUAUUUUGUAUACCAUACAUAAAAAGCGACGGUUCAUUUUGUAUUGCAUUUUUGUUAAGGUACUGAAGAAAAGAAAUUACAAUGUCAAAGUUUUUGAUUAUUUUAUUAAAGAUAAAUAUGUAAGUAAAUAAGAAAAAUUAUUCUUUAAUUAAGAAAUUAAGUUUCAAAAAUGUUGAUAUAAUUUAUUAAAAGAAAUAAUUACAAAAAAUAAACGGUUAUUUUAGCUAUAUA